AUGGGCUGCGCUUGUUCUAGCCGAGAUGAUGAUAGUAAGCUGAAUUCUGAGGAAAAAUUCAUUAAGGCUGCUGAAGAAAUACUAGGAAUAGGCAAGUUAAAGGUAGCCUGGUAUGAUAAAGGCAUUUCUAGAUUUGCAAUAGAUCAAGAGCUGAGUGAAAAAAAUUUUAAGCAUGCUUAUGAAUCUUUGAACUUGUCAACUGAUUUUCUCAACGACGAUAAUUCGCCAUUGUUCAGAUUCUAUGAGCAUUUCAAAUUGAUGAAAGGCUAUGAAAUUAGAAAACUAGCAUGCCUAGGCAUUUGGCUUGGAACUGAUGACUGGAAGAAAAAGGCAUAUUGACUAUUUAAAAAUUACGACAGGGACUGCUCAAAUAAACUUGAUCUCUUAGAAAUCAGAUACAUGCUAGAUGAUAUGAUUAAACUAACUCUAGCAAUUGUCGAAUUCACACAAUUUGUUUACCCUCAAAAAUCAAUAAUGUUACAAAAGUACUUAAGAAAGAUAAGAAGAAGCAAAGUAAUGCUGAAAAAGUACUUAGUUGUUCUAAUUUUUAGAGGAGGGACAGUUCAUGAAAUCAGUUUGAUUGAUUUUCUGGAGUGCUUUGAAGACUCAACAGUUAAAAAAUUGAUUUCGGAUCAAGGUUUUAGGGAGCUUUUAAUGGAAUGUGGUGAGCUUCAAACCCAAUCUGAUUUAAUCUACUCAUAA